AUGCCUGUAUUCAUUAAUCAAUUCUAUCAGAAACUGAACGUAGCAUUGAAAAAUUACAAUUUAUUUCCAUCAAUUCCACCAACAAUCGAUGAAUAUCAACUUCAAAAUCAGCGAAUCUCUACUAGAUUAUUUAUCGUUCUCCUAGCAUCUUCAUUACUAAUUCUAGUUCUCUAUACUUCACUAAUCAAUAUCACACAAACUGUCACUAUCAAUCAACCAACACUUACAAAAUAUGUGGAACUUUCUUCCUUACAUUCGCAAACAUUAACAUGUGAUUGUCAACAAAUAUCUAUUAACUAUCAAACUUUUCUCCAAAUCAAAUACACGUUUCAUCAAAUAUGUAAUAGUAUUUUUAUCACUCAAAAUUGGUUUGACUUUCUUUCCGGCGGUCACCCAAAUGAAACAUUAAAUAGCCGGGAUUUUCGAAAAGGUGGCACAUCGAUGUUUCAAUCAUUGAGUGCAUUCUGUAACUUAGUCCAACAAACAAUUAACAACCGUUUAAUUCAGUUCUAUUCUACACAAUAUGUAAGUUCAUCAGUUGUACCUUCAGAAACAUUCUCGCUUCAAGUUGACUCAUUCAUUUCUCAAUUUAUUUCUUCGAUGACAAAUGACUUUUUGUUAUCACUUUCAUCAAUACGGCAAAUGAUACAGAGUAAUGCUUUACUCUCUGGACUACUUACUAAUUAUAAUCUGUAUGAAUAUUCUUCCAUUCUUUUCGUAUAUUCAUCUGCAAGGUGGUUUGGUAAUUGUUCAUGUGCAACAUCAGCGAAAUGUGUCUAUCAGGCUGCAUUUUACAACUCGAUAGGUUCAUUCUUACUCAAUGUACCUGGUAUGUACUCCGGAUGUUAUAUUGUGGAAUCGUUACUUCAAUCUGAUCUUCGAUGUUUGUAUAAUCAAUCAUGUUUAAGUAAGAUCCAAUCAUAUUUCUAUGGGAGUACACUAAUGAAUAUUACAGCCCUGAAUGAAUCAUUGUUGAUGGAGUUCCAUGUAGAUUCCACUAUCGAAGUUAUACUUAACAAAUUAAUGGUUGAGAAAUGGGAUUGGUUAAUAAUAUAUGAAAACUAUUAUAAUGAAUGUGCAACAUCUCGAUGUAGUUAUACGUAUGAAACAAAGAAUAGACCGAUUUAUAUAGUGACGACAAUUAUCGGAUUAGUUGGUGGUUUAAUCACUGUUCUUAGAUUAUUCGUACCACGAGUGGUUAAUAUUAUAAGACGUAAGAAGCAAAUGACAAGAGCCGAAAUAGAAGAACAACAAAGACGUGGUUUUGCUGAGAAACUAAAAGAGUAUUUAUCAACAUACAACAUAUUUCCAUCAAUUCCACCGACAAAUGACCAACAUCAGCUUAAAAUUGAACGGAUCUCUACUAGAUUAUUUAUCGUUCUCCUAGCAUCUUCAUUACUAAUUCUAGUUCUCUAUACUUCACUAAUCAAUAUCACACAAACUGUCACUAUCAAUCAACCAACACUUACAAAAUAUGUGGAACUUUCUUCCUUACAUUCGCAAACAUUAACAUGUGAUUGUCAACAAAUAUCUAUUAACUAUCAAACUUUUCUCCAAAUCAAAUACACGUUUCAUCAAAUAUGUAAUAGUAUUUUUAUCACUCAAAAUUGGUUUGACUUUCUUUCCGGCGGUCACCCAAAUGAAACAUUAAAUAGCCGGGAUUUUCGAAAAGGUGGCACAUCGAUGUUUCAAUCAUUGAGUGCAUUCUGUAACUUAGUCCAACAAACAAUUAACAACCGUUUAAUUCAGUUCUAUUCUACACAAUAUGUAAGUUCAUCAGUUGUACCUUCAGAAACAUUCUCGCUUCAAGUUGACUCAUUCAUUUCUCAAUUUAUUUCUUCGAUGACAAAUGACUUUUUGUUAUCACUUUCAUCAAUACGGCAAAUGAUACAGAGUAAUGCUUUACUCUCUGGACUACUUACUAAUUAUAAUCUGUAUGAAUAUUCUUCCAUUCUUUUCGUAUAUUCAUCUGCAAGGUGGUUUGGUAAUUGUUCAUGUGCAACAUCAGCGAAAUGUGUCUAUCAGGCUGCAUUUUACAACUCGAUAGGUUCAUUCUUACUCAAUGUACCUGGUAUGUACUCCGGAUGUUAUAUUGUGGAAUCGUUACUUCAAUCUGAUCUUCGAUGUUUGUAUAAUCAAUCAUGUUUAAGUAAGAUCCAAUCAUAUUUCUAUGGGAGUACACUAAUGAAUAUUACAGCCCUGAAUGAAUCAUUGUUGAUGGAGUUCCAUGUAGAUUCCACUAUCGAAGUUAUACUUAACAAAUUAAUGGUUGAGAAAUGGGAUUGGUUAAUAAUAUAUGAAAACUAUUAUAAUGAAUGUGCAGCAUCUCGAUGUAGUUAUACGUAUGAGACAAAGAAUAGACCGAUUUAUAUAGUGACGACAAUUAUCGGAUUAGUUGGUGGUUUGAUGACUGUUCUUAAAUUGGUUAUACCAAGAGUAGUGGAAUUCGUUUCUUAUUAUAUUCGGAAAUAUAGAAUGAAUCGAAAUAGAAUAGUUCCAACUGUUGAAAGUUGA